ACUGUUCAUUCCUAUAGUGAGACACUCAGGCCAAAGCACAGCUCUAUUAGGACUAAACCUGACCAGCAGAGUCCACAGGCUGAGGGAUUAGCACUCCAUUUAUGAUGAAGGACACGUCUCUCUAUUGGAUUAUUGGGUUGCUAAUGUCUUUUUCGGGAGGGGUUUUGCCCAAUGUCACGGUAGCUCCUGAAGGACAUGAACAGGACAUGAACAGGACUGAAGGACAUGAAAUGUCUGCCUUUUUUGUUUGCAUCAAAAUAACCAACCGGAAUUACAGUGAAUCACUCACCAACCAGAUCUCACAGGAGUACACGGUACUGCGGCGUGAAGUGGAGAAUUUGUUCGAUGAUACCUACAGCCAUGUAUCAGACAUUCAGUUCACACGGAUUUCAGAAGUUACCUUCAGCAAUGGAUCUGUGAUCGCCAACAGCACAGCAUUGUUCGACACUAACCAAAUCAAUGGAGACAUAGUGAGAGACAUCUUUGUGUCAAAUUACAAACGCUUUCCGUCCAGGACGCUGGAACUGAACAUCAGCUACACUGAAGGUUUAGAACCAGUGCGUACCUCAGUUCCUGUGGAGAUACGUAGUGACAAAACUACACACACUUCUACCACCAGCAUUUCACCAUCUACACACUCCUCCACAACACACUCUACCACAGAGUCCUCCACUCAUUCAACCCCUCAUACCACCCCACACUUCUCCACACACUCCACUGAUCAUACCACCACACACUCGUCCACACACACCACUGAUCAUACCACCACACACUCGUCCACACACACCACUGACCAUACCACCACACACUCCUCCACACACUCCAAUGAUCAUACCACCACACACUCCUCAACACACACCACUGAUCAUACCACCCCACACUCCUCCACACACACCACUGAUCAUACCACCCCACACUCCUCCACACACUCCACUGAUCAUACCACCCCACACUCCUCCACACACACCACUGAUCAUACCACCCCACACUCCUCCGCAGAGCCCUACACACACUCUCCUACAGGUUCAAGUCACACAGUCUCUGAACACAUCACUUCUCCAACCACAACAAAAAAUGAAACCCACACCAGCAACGGCACGAUUGUUCAUCCAGCGGACAAUUCCACCGUUCCUCACAAUGGAACUGAUAACGGCAAUGCUGGAGAGCACACCAGCUCAACAGCUUCCACUCACUCCCCUGCAAAUCCUACAAAAACUGAGAAGCCUUCAGGCCCCGAAGUGUCAACCACAACCCGCUCAACCACUGCAGACUCAGCAGCAGAGAAAGGUGUACCCGGAUGGGGCGUGGCCCUGCUGGUGCUGGCGGCCAUCAUACUCUUCCUCCUCCUCCUCCUCUUCAUACUGCUGCUGCUGUGUUGGUGCUGUUGGUGGAGACGGAGUGGCUUCAUGAACGUGACUGAUCCAGACCCUCCGGGCUACUAUAACCCUGACAUUCCGUUGUACUCCACUCACAGCACGUUUGACACGUACAACGGCAAAUCAUCGGACUCAGAGUCAGACAAACCUCAGAAGAAUCGGACUGGGAUGUAUGUGGUGAACAAAUGAUGCUGCUACACCUUGUGGCUUCAAGAUACAGAACAUGGAAACCCUUCAAUUAAACCAUGAAAUGAAAAUGUCCUGAUUUACUAGCAGCUACAUAACUUCACUACUUCAUUCAGGUGCUUUGUUGGCCCUCUAUUUCUGCUCUCUUUCAUUUAUCGUUUCCUUUUUGCUCCUCCUUUACGGGACGAUGGAAAAACACCACAGUCAUCAAACUGAAUACGAAACAGGGAUACUUUCCCGUAAUAUUCAGAUAUUCCAAAGAUAUUUCUAGAAAAAAUGUUGAAAACAUUACCUGUAAAUAAUUUCACGCAGUAACGUUCUGUAAUGCUCUGUAAACUGUAUUUGAAUUUGCUUUAAAAUUGUUUCAUUGAUUUUGCGAGUGUAUAUACUCUAUACACUAUACAUACACUACUAUAUUGAAUAUAUAAAUAAACUACUGAACUGCUACAAAAUAAUCAGGUUUGCUGUCAGAUGUCAUGUCAAAUAAGCUGAUGAAGCUGUGCAGCUUACAGCCUAAUAACUGUGUGAAAAUGUCCUAUAUCUAAAAUAAAGACAUAUAUCUAAAAGAAAAUCUAAAAUUAUCUUGUUAAAGUAUGUUUAUCCAGUACAAAUAAGGCAGUUAAAUAAGCAUAAUUUCACAUAUAUAAUCAGGGCCAACCAAUAAACCCAUUUUGAUGCCUAAAUGGUUCUUCAAAACAGUCAAUUUUCAAAUUAUGUCAGGCCAGGCAGAAGGCUCAACAGCCUAACUAAAAGGUGGGAGCCAGACAGUAACACAGACAUUACCUGCCAGCAUUGGGACGACAGCACCAGUAUCUCAUCUAUAUGUCCAUAAUUCCCUUGAUUUGCAGUCUUAAAACACAAUCACAAAUGACCAAAAGCUGAACUAAACAAAUGAGUUUUCCACUUAGACUUGAAAAGAGACUGUGUCAGAAUCCUGAACUUUCUCUGAAAGGUUAUUCAAGAUUUGGGAGCCAGCUAAAGCCUUUUAAAUUCUAGGGACUAAUAAGAAGCCUUGUUACCACAUAACGUUUGUUCAGACAGUGGUAAAUUAUCUGCUCAGGUUGAUAUUUUUUGGAUCACAGUUCAUAUACUGACCCUAUUUUUCUUUUGGAGUAUGAAUUAUACCAUGUGCAAGUCAGUUAAUUAAUAUUUAUUGAAUUAAUUGAAUGGUUCUAAUUCCAAUUUUAAUAGUUUGGUGUGGUCUGCACAAUGAUAAAAGGUCCAUUUUGGUACCCGCCAUUUAAAACUGCUGGGACAAUUAAUUGAUACUUGAGGAUCAUGUCACUCUAAAAACUGUUGAUUUGUUGAUGUAUUUUGUCACUAAUUACAGGACUAUAUAAUCUGUGUGGCACACAAAUGACA